AUACAUGCCGAUCAACGCCUUUCGGUCAGUUUCUGCAACUGUUGACAGCUUUUCCACGUUUGAGUGUGUCACGUGUCUCCAAUGUGCCCCAUUAGUUCAGCUAUUUAUUUUAAACACUCGGCCUAACUCAACACCGGGAUGUGAUUCUCUCUAAUCUUCUGUAUACAUGUAUGUUUAAAGUCCACCAACACCGACGGUGACCACCGGGUCUAGACGCGUUCUUCUCUGCAAAGGGACCACAUGUCACAUGGGCCGCGAGGCGCACAGUCGGGAAGUAAGAGCACUUCCUCCUUCCAGCGCACAGCAGUCCGUGAAGGAGGAAGUCGGGUAGUCGUGGUAAUGGGGACUCGGCAGCGCGUCGGCGGCUGUCUCCACUGACUUCUCGGGAUUCAGGCGUCCGGUUGCAGUGCGUUCACGCGGCGGCCGCGCAGCCUUUCUGCCACGAUGGAUGCGGCGUAGCGCAACUUGUGGAUCCGCGGCGGAUGAACGACGGCGCUCCGAGGUAACUUUCCCCCAUCGAGGAGCCGAGAGGAACCGCUGAGGAGCCCCAGUGGAGCUCCAGAGGAACCGAGAGGAGCCGAGAGGAACCGAGAGGAGCCGAGAGGAGCCGAGAGGAACCGAGAGGAGCCGAGAGGAACCCCAGAGGAGCCGAGAGGAACCCCAGAGGAGCCGAGAGGAGCCGAGAGGAACCCCAGAGGAGCCGAGAGGAGCUCCAGAAGAGCGAGACAACAUGAAGAAACAGUUCAAUCGCAUGAGGCAGCUCGCCAGUCAGACUGUUGGGAGAGCUGAGAAAACUGAGGUGCUGAGCGAUGACCUCCUACAGAUCGAGAGGCGCUUGGAGUUGGUGCGCUUGGUGUCGCACAACACACACAAGAGGCUGGUGUCCUGUCUGCAGGGUCAACUGGGGUCCGACACAGAGAAGAGACAUAAAAAGUUGCCGCUGACGACGCUGUCCCAGGCCAUGCAGGAGGGAGGCAGUCAGCUGGGAGACGAGAGUCUGAUCGGAAAGAUGAUGGAUGUGUGUGGGGAGGCUGAGAGCAGGUUAGCUGCUGAACUGAUGCAGCAUGAAUUCCAGAUUGAGAAGGACAUCCUGGAUCCUCUCAACCAGCUGGCUGAGAUUGAGAUUCCCAACAUAUUAAAACAAAGAAAACAACUCGCCCGUCUGGUUCUGGACUAUGACUCGGCCAAGACGAGGUGGUACCAGGCAACUAAGUCCAACAACCAGGCCAUGGCAGCGAAGGCCGAUUCCCUCAAAGACGAGAUGGACGAGGCUGUCAACAAAGUAGAAAUAUGCAAGGACCAGCUCUCUGCAGACUUGUACAACUUUGCCUCCAAAGAGGGAGAUUAUGCACACUGCUAUGUCUCGUUAUUAGAGGCCCAGGCAGACUACCACAGGAAGUCACUGGCAACUCUGGAGGCAGCUAUACCGACUAUCCGAAUACAGCAAGACUCCUGGAUGGAGAAGCCGGCGUUCGGCACGGCGCUGGACGAGCACCUGAAGAGGAGCAACCGCGAGAUCGCUCUGCCCAUGGAGGCCUGCGUCAUGAUGCUGCUGGAGACCGGCAUGAAGGAGGAGGGUCUCUUCAGAAUAGCUGCCGGAGCUUCAAAACUGAAGAAGCUAAAAGCAGCUCUGGACUGCUCCACCUCGCAGCUGGAGGAGUUCUACUCCGACCCCCACGCCGUGGCCGGAGCCCUGAAGUCCUACCUCAGGGAGCUGCCUGAGCCGCUCAUGACCUUUGGCCUGUAUGACGAGUGGACACAGGCCUCCAAUGUGUCUGACCCUGACAAGAGGCUUCAGGCCUUGUGGAUGACAUGUGACCAUUUGCCAAAGACUCACAAGGCCAACCUCAGGUAUCUGGUGAAGUUUCUGGCUAAACUGGCUCAGGACAGCGACGUCAAUAAGAUGACUCCCAGCAACAUCGCCAUAGUCCUUGGGCCCAACCUGCUCUGGCCAAAGAUGGAGGGGUCGCUGGCAGAGAUGGCAGCGGCCACAUCUCUCCAUGUGGUCGCCAUCAUUGAUCCCAUUAUCCAGCAUGCGGAUUGGUUCUUCCCUGAAGAGGUGGACUUCAACGUGUCGGGCAUGUUCGCCCUGCCCACCCACCCGGCCACACCGGACCUCGACCACGGCACGGAGAGGAAACGCCCCGGCAGCCUGGUGGGGCAGGACGGGGACAGUCACACCCCCCGUAAAGACAGCACUGUUAACAAACAGCCGGAGCCCGCUCCACGUAGAGCCACCACUGUAAAUAGAAAGCAGCCCCAGCUAACCUCAUCCACCUUCCACCCCCCAAUGCCCCCUCUGGAAGCCGGGGGUCCUGCCCAGCCUGAGCCCCAGCUUCUUUCCCCGGCUACACAGGCUGAGCAGCCCGGCCUGGGUGGUGCUAGUAUUGGUGGUGGUGGUGUUGGCGUUCUGGGUGGUGGGGUCCAGGUAGCGCCGGUGCAACCUCAGGUUGUAACCCAGCUCAGCGCAGAGGAGAGCAGCCCAGCCCGUGAACUCAUGUCCACCCCCCCACCCCAGAGAAAUGGUUCAGUCCACCUUACAGUAGGAACCCCCCACUCUCAGGGUGGAUCCAGGGGGGCAAGUCCACACAUGGUUCGCAGAGGCACCAAGAAGCAGGCUCCAGCCCCACCCAAACAGUACAGCCCCUUUGCCUCCCAACCCAGUAGCACUCCGACACCCGGCUCCCCUCAUCAUCCCCCCAUCACCCCCCGACGCCACCCCGGCAAAGACAGCCCAAUCCAUGCCCCGAGCCACCCGCCCCCACAGCCUCCUCAAGCCCAGCAGGCACAGGGGGAGUCGGAGGCCUCUCCCCCCAGCACUCCCACUCCACCUGACACUCCACCUCACGAUGGGCCGCACUCCCACCCGCUGUCUUUCUACCACUCUGGAUCGCUGCCGCGCCCCUCCAGGCCGGCCCCCAGGCCACGGCCCCGCCCCAGCAUGCCGCCGCCCCCCCAACCUGCAGCAAAUGACAACGAUGACGGCAUCUGCGGCUCCGCCUCCAAAAUCAUAACAGAUGGAAGCCUCUUCCUGAAGGGGAUUGGACGAGCCUUCGUCCCUGAGGUGAUUGCGGACCCACAAGCGGAGCGCUCUGCUGGUCAAGAGCCCGCCGCCCCGCCGUCGCCCACAGACCCUCAGAUCCAGACGGAGUUCACCGCUCUGUGAGGAAUCCUCCAUCACGAAGCCGGUCCAUGUCACAUGACCACAUCAAGUGACUCAAACGCGUCGGUUCUCUCCUGCUCCUCACGCUCCAGUCACAUGACACCAGACUGCAUUCUGGGGGAAAACGGCUGUCUUUCCUGACUUCAUAUGAAACUCUUUGUUCUAUUUCACAUGGUAUUUUAGGAUUGGACUGCAGAGUCUUGUUAGCCUCGAGGCUAAAAUAUAUAAAUAUAUAUAUCCUGAACUCAAAGGGUGCUAAGCUUUCUCUUGGGUCUUCUUCUUUUCAUCUAGCUAUUGAAAACACAAGUUCGGAGACAGAAAUCUGUGAAUCUUGUUUUAACACCACAUGAACUAGUAUUCUUAAGUUGUGUGGAGAUGAGCCUGAUCUAUUGUCAUUCAACUGGCUGAAUGUGAUGUUCAUCUUAAAGGGCUUUUCCAUAACUGUCACACUGAACAUGAAGGACCAAAGAAAGGGAAUGUGAUGAAGAUGUGGAGCUGCUCUGCUUCCUUUAUGGUUGUUCAUGGCCAAAUAUGUUGAGCAAUAUAAAAUGCAGUUGUCUUCCAGUGGUGUCCUCCCACAGUACACAUGCUGUAUGUUUUUUUUGGUAUUUCAGUUUUCCUUCCAUUAAUCCAGUGGGGUAGAAUUUUAUUUUGAUUUGAUUUGACAAGCUCAGAAUGGCUUUGAACCUCAGAUUAGGUUAUUCUUUCUCAUUUAAAAGGGAUUAUUCUAACAAAUUGAUUGUGUUGAUUGUAUCUUUUAAUGCAUAGCAUGUAAUCAAUCAUCCCAACUGAAGCUCAAAGAUAUGACCAAGUCCAGACAAAUUCUUCUUUGUGUAUAAUAUUUACCACGGCUGACAAUCUUUUCCUUAUUGGGGUGGUCUUCAGCUCUUUGAUUGUUUUAUCAGCAUUUUUUAUGUUGGCUUCUCAUAAUGCAUCAUACAAUGCAUCGUUACUCUGAUGAUUAAAGGUUGUUCAACAUUUAAAGUGU